UAUUAAGGGGUUGUUUUAUUCCGGAGGAUAUUUUGGUUGCACGCGCGCAUUGAUAAUACAGGAGGAAUAUUAUAUAUCGUGCAUUUGUUUUUGUAUUUUGAUAACAUGGACGAACAAGAAAUGCAAUUGAAAGUAAAAAGAGUGACUGAUAAAUUCACAGAGAGUAUGUUUGUGUUGGCCAAUGAACCGUCUAUAGCGCUGUAUAGAUUACAAGAGCACGUCAGGAGGUCCUUGCCAGAGCUGGUGCAACACAAGACAGACAUGCAGAGUUGGGAGGAACAAAGCCAAGGAGCAAUAUACACUGUUGAAUAUGCAUGCAGUGCUGUUAAAAGUAUGACAAAUAGUAGCCUGUAUUUCAAGAACAUAGACGGGCUGCUCCGGCAAGCAAUCUCACUGAAGGAACAGAUCAGCAACUCACAGGGACGCAGUGGUGUGAACCCUACAAUUGAUCAAAAUGAGACCUCCACACAUGCUUCAGUCACUCCACCUUGACUCAUGGAAAUCUGUCUCCAAGGAAAAAAGCUUUGGAUCCCGGCAUGGUUAAAGAUGGAGGAGAAAAGCACAGCUCUGGAAUAUAAACUUAUGUACUCAGUUGCCCAAUUGAGGAAUUUUAGGCCUGGAUAAAACUGUAUACCAUGUCCAAAGAGUGUACCUGUCACAUAUUGGUUUAUAUGUUCACAUAUGAUAUAUUUCAUAUUGAUGCUGACAGUAUUAGACUUGGUUAGACUUUAUUUUGUUUUAGACAGUCGUUCUACAUUUGAUGUGAUGAAGACGGUGGAAUAAAACUUGUAGCUAUGUUCUGUAAAUUUGUAUAUUCUGAAUAUAAUCAUUAAACUUUUAA